UAACAGUAGAAGGUUUAGUCAUAAAUCUGAGAUUUAUUCGAUUAUGGAUUAUUUUAGAUAGCGGUUAAUAAUAAGACACCUCCCUGGAAAAAACAAUUAAAAAGUUCAUCAUCAUCUGCUGUGGUCAGAGAAAAACCAAACACCAUGGGUUGCGUUGAAUUUGCAGCCACAUUAGGAUCUAUCAUUCUUUUAAUCAUCACUCUACCAUUUUCUCUGUUUUGGUGCUUUAAGGUGGUGCAAGAAUAUGAACGCGCAGUUAUUUUUAGACUGGGUAGACUGCGGACGGGAGGCGCGAGGGGUCCGGGGAUAUUUUUCGUGUUACCCUGCCUGGACAGCUACUGCAAAGUGGAUUUGAGGACGGUGUCUUUCGACGUACCCCCGCAGGAGGCAUUGACCAAAGACUCGGUAACGGUUACAGUAGACGCCGUGGUGUACUACCGGAUACAGGACCCCCUCAACGCCGUUGUCAAGGUCACAAAUUACAGUAACUCUACGCGACUUUUAGCCAUGACGACGCUAAGGAACAUCCUGGGGACGAGAAACCUGGCGGAGAUCCUCUCCGACAGGGAGGCCAUCUCGCACGCGAUGCAGACCUCCUUGGAUGUGGCCACGGACCCCUGGGGCGUAAAGGUGGAGAGAGUAGAAAUAAAGGACGUCAGUUUGCCGCAACAGUUACAGAGGGCUAUGGCCGCCGAGGCUGAGGCUUCGCGAGAGGCCAGGGCUAAGGUGAUCGCAGCUGAGGGAGAAAUGAAGGCUUCCAGGGCUUUGAAAGAAGCCUCGGACGUCAUAAACGAGAGUCCUGCUGCUCUCCAGCUGAGGUAUCUUCAGACUUUGAACAACAUUUCAGCUGAGAAGAACUCCACUAUAAUCUUCCCAUUGCCCAUCGAUCUCAUCAGUUACUUUGUGGAAGUAAAAAAAGCGCACAACUCGAAAAAUUCGGCAUGACAUUUUUCUAAAGUUGUAUAAGCGCUGUUACUAACAAGUAUUCUAUAAUGUUGAUAAUUAUUAUUAAUGUUCUUAUAUUUUUAUGGUUUAUUUUGUAAAUAUUAUGGACAAUCAUUCUAGUCUUGUUCCAAACACACUUUAUACGGAAAAAAUAUAGGUAUAUAAAUAACCAAUA